CGCUGCAGGUCAAUACUGACCCGACUAUUCACACAGAAUUGAUCUGCACACGUAAUAACCAAACAACUUUUUUGGGCAAGCAUACAUACAGGACCGUCACAGAGAGGCGUUUCACACAGCCGCUGCUGCUGCUGAGUGCCGCACGCGCGCUCGACUCUUCCGGCGCGAGACUCUUCUGAAAAGUACACAGACUGUUGACACACUGUGUUUAAUCUUCGCCUGUUUGGAUUUGGAGGUUGAUGAUGAUGAUGAUGAUGAUGUGCUGUCUGAGGCGGAUUGAUGCCGGAAUGGUGGAGUGUUUUGUGGAAAAUGUCGCUAAAAACGGCGCACUGGGCUUGUACCGCGACAGCGCGCGCCGAGUCUCUCAGCCGAGGCGGUGUUUCAGUCACAGUGCUUCACAGCUUUACCUCAGCAGACCAACUACUGAUACCACAGAGGGAGGUAGGACAGGGGAAGGUCUCUUCUCAGGACUGGAGGAUUUGCUGUUCCACACCAUAACUGAUGGACAGGACAGGAUCCCCAUCUCUCAUUUCAUCAGUGCUAUUAAAAGCACAGGUCUGCUCACAUCUGACCCCCGUCUGCGGGACUGCAUGGACAAACUGAGGCAAGCUGUCCGAGAAUCCAAUGGUGACGGCAUGAUGGAUCACAAACUGUUCCGCAGGUGUGUCGGCGGAAACAUUGUCUUGCUCUCCCAAGCUUUCAGAAGGAAAUUUAUCAUUCCAGAGUUUGAGGCAUUUGUCAGUGUCAUAAAUCAGAUCUAUAACAGAGCUAAACAGCAGCAUGAAGGUCAAGUAGCAGACUACAUUCCACACCUUGCCAAGUUCAGUCCCAGUCUUUGGGGAAUUUCACUGUGCACAGUGGACGGUCAGAGGCACUCAACAGGUGACACCAAGGUGCCAUUUUGCCUGCAGUCAUGUGUGAAGCCACUGGAAUAUGCCGUUGCUGUGCACGAGCUUGGAACUGAUCACGUGCACCAUUAUGUAGGGAAAGAGCCCAGUGGGCUAAAGUUCAACAUGCUGUCCCUUGAUGACGAUGAUAAACCUCACAAUCCGAUGGUGAAUGCAGGAGCAAUUGUAAUCAGCUCACUCAUCAAGCCUGGAGCCAACAAAGCAGAAAAAUUUGACUAUGUGAUGGACUUUGUGAAGAAAAUGGCAGGCAAGGAAUAUGUAGGCUUCAGUAAUGCCACCUUUCAGUCAGAAAAGGAGACAGGAGACAGAAACUAUGCAAUCGGCUACUACCUGAAAGAGAAAAAGUGUUUUCCUCACGGUGCAGAUAUGAUUGAUGCUCUAGACUUUUACUUUCAGCUGUGCUCCAUCGAGGUGACAUGUGAGUCAGGCAGUGUGAUGGCGGCUACGCUGGCCAAUGGAGGAAUCUGUCCCAUCACAGGCGAGCGAGUACUGAGCUCUGAGGCUGUGAGAAACACGCUCAGCCUCAUGCACUCAUGCGGCAUGUAUGACUACUCUGGCUUCUUUGCCUUUCACGUGGGAUUGCCUGCUAAGUCGGGGGUGUCAGGAGCUGUGCUCUUAGUGGUGCCCAAUGUGAUGGGGGUCAUGUGCUGGUCACCACCUUUGGACAGACUGGGGAACAGUGUACGAGGCAUCCGCUUCUGUCAGGAACUGGUGUCCCACUUCAACUUCCACAAUUAUGACAAUCUGAGACACUUUGUUAAGAAACAGGAUCCACGUCGACAGUCCGGUGAUGAAAGGAACAAGUCUGUGGUCAACCUGAUGUUCGCAGCUCACAGUGGAGAUGUUUCGGCACUCAGGAGGUUUGCGUUGUCGUCUAUGGAUUUGGACCAGAAGGACUAUGACCAUCGUACAGCGCUUCAUGUCGCUGCGGCCGAAGGCCAUGUGGAGGUUGUGCAGUUUUUAACACAAACAUGCAAAGUGAACCCGUUUGUGAAGGACAGGUGGGGAAACAUUCCUCUGGAUGAUGCUCUACAGUCUGGUCAUGACAGCGUCGUGAAGAUUCUGCAGAACUAUCAUCAGGCCUGUGAGGUUUUCACAGACAAAGACAAACUUGACUCUGCUGCAUGGCAGUGAAUGAUUUUGAACUUAUUGUACAUUAUAGACGAGACAUUUGAUAGCUGAUAAGAAGUGGUAAAAGCUGCUCUCUCGUUUUAUUGACACCAGUGUGCUGAAGUCACAGAGUGUGUGUUUAAUCCUGCUGCUGCUUGGAUCUAUGGUAAUAGAUUGUGUGAGGAACUCUAAUUAGUUGAACACAGCAUGUAUGCAAACAUAUGUCUGACCAGGACAAAAGCUGGGUGUUGGGCUGUGACAAUACCCCCACUGUACUGCAAGGAAAUCUGUAAUAAUUACGACAAUUAGCGUUAUAUUAUGUCAUUAUAAGUCCCAUGAAUUAUUGCAUGCAUUUAAAGAACAGCAAUUAAGAGAAAUGAGGCUUUGUAAUAAUGCAAACAAGGAUAUAAUCCUCUCUGUAAAUAUAUCUUCGGAGGAUUUUUUUUUUCUUUGUAGAUUGAAGCAUAAAUGUACAACGUAGUCUCUUUUUAGCUAUUCUGACAAACAGAGCAGCUCCAUGAAGACACAUCGACAGUCUGAUUUUCUUUCCAGUUAAGCUUAAUCAGUAUCUUGAAAGCAAAUGUCACGUUUUGGUGUCAGAUAAAAUGGCUGUGCGUGCUGCAUUCUUUAUAGCACUAAGGAUGGCUGGAGCAUGUUCCCCCCCAACCACAGUGUCACACAGUGCCCUAUGUUGUUGUUAUGCUAUAUUAAAAUUAGGUUCUUCAUACGUUUAGCAAGCAGAAAUGCAUAGAAAAUUCUUAGGCUAGUGUUAAUAAAAUGACCCUUGUGCUACAGUAGAUAAAUAAGUGAUGAUGUACACGUGAAGACAAAUAUAUAAAGCUCUAUUUGUAUAUAAAUGCCAUAAGCUUGCCAAUUAAUGUAUUAGGGAAUAGAUCGAUCAAGGAGCAAGUUUUAAAGCUUCAGCCGUCCUUCUGUAAUGGUGACACUUGACACGUCAUGGCAGCUGUCACCUGUAGAUUUCGCAUUGUGUCUUGUGCUGUUUGGCUGAUUAAACAUGUUGAAUUGCUGUCAGAGGCCAGUGUUUACCGAGUGGUUGUUCAGCCGAGUGAAACAGUGCAGGAAAAGAUAUAUGACGUGAGCACAGCUAAGAAAAUAACACACUCAAAAGGGUGGAUAUUGAUGAUCUAACUGUUCCUUUUUUGUUUGGAGAAUGGUCAUAUCAUUUGUUUAGCUAUAUCUUGAAUACUGAGUGUAUAAACAUAAUGAGUGACUGGACUGGCAAAAAAAGAAAAAGGAUCAGUGACUUUAAAAGGUUUCGGUAUUAGGACUGUAUGGCGGGAGCUUCGGUCACAUACAUGGCUCAUCUGACUGUGUUUCAUUAGGAACGGGAAUUAUACACCGAUCAGGCAUAACAUUAUGAGCACUGACAGGUGAAGUGAAAUAACACUGAUGAUCUCCUCAUCAUGGCCCCUGUUAGUGGGUGGGAUAUAUUAGGCAGCAAGUGAACAUUAUGUCCUCAAAGUUGAUGUGUUAGAAGCAGAAAAAAUGGGCAAGCGUAAGGAUUUGAGCGAGUUUGACGAAGGGCCAAAUUGUGAUGGCUAGACGACUGGAUCAGAGCAUCUCCAAAACUGCAGCUCUUGUGGGGUGUUCCCAGUCUGCAGUGGUCAGUAUCUAUCAAAAGUGGUCCAAGGAAGGAACAGUGGUGAACCGGCGACAGGGUCAUGGACGGCCAAGGCUCAUUGAUGCGCUUGGGGAGCGAAGGCUGGCCCGUGUGAUCCGAUCCAACAGACGAGCUACUGUUGCUGAAGAAGUUAAUGCUGGUUCUGAUAGAAAUGGGUCAGAAUACACAGUGCAUGACAGGUCAGGGCUGUUUUAGCAGCAAAAGGGGAACCAACACAAUAUCAGGCAGGUGGUCAUAAUGUUAUGCCUGGUCAGUGUCAGAAAGAUAUCUGUAAAUAAAAUGGAAUUGAAGGAAAACAUUCGAUAACCACAAAUGCUCAAGAUAUGUAAGUGACUGAGAAUGUCAAAUUAGAACAUGAUGCUUUUAUUUCUCACUCAUUUUGUGUGUCAUUGCCCUAAGGUUGUGUCAGGAAGGUUGUGAGUUUACAUCCCUAGACUGUCUGAGUAUCAUUUGUAAGUCAGAUGGGAUGAAAGCAUCUGUCAGACAAAUGAACGCCAGAUUAGCUUUAGGGGGAAAGCUGCAGCAGUGACUGAACUGGUUAGAUCUCAUUUUACUCUUCUGAAUCUGCUACACCAUUUUAAUUUAUUUUUCUUUAGUUUUUCAGCCAUGAAAUGGAUUGGAUAUCACUGUGCUGUAUAUUACUGUAUAUAUUUGGCCUAAGGGCAUUAUUUUAUCAAAAUAAUCUCAAUAAUAUUUACAUUGGAAAAUUAUAGAAACGCUGACAUCUGUAAGUCUUUUUUUAUUUCUGUAGAAACGACUGAUCAUAGAUGAGUGACAGACGAAUUUAUAGGUGCUGUUCAUAUUCAAAACAAAACAAUCUGUGUUUGUUGCUUUGCUGCCUCUUUGGCUCUAUGUAUGAAAACAAGAUAUUGUAAGAAAAAUGCUGUACAAUAAAAUGUGUCCAUUAAAUAUGUUUAAUG